GCUGAAGUGAGAGCCAUGGAAAAUACAGAGGGCUUCGUGUCAGUGCACCGCGAAAAUGUUUACGAGCUCGACACAACCCAAACUCCCAAUUUCUUGGGACUGAACCAGAAUACAGGUUUCUGGAAAUCAUCCAAUUACGGAAAGGGCGUCAUAAUCGGCAUCCUAGAUUCCGGGAUCACACCGGGCCAUCCCUCAUUCAGCGACGAGGGGGUUCCGCCCCCUCCCGCCAAAUGGAAGGGGCGGUGUGACUUCAACUCCUCGGCCUGUAACAACAAGCUCAUUGGAGCGAGAAGCUUCCUCACCGAAAGCCCGAGCCCAGUCGAUGAGAAAGGACAUGGCACGCACACUUCCAGCACGGCGGGCGGGAAUUUCGUGAGAGGCGCCAGUGUUUUUGGCAGCGCAAACGGCACGGCGUCUGGAGUCGCGCCGCUGGCUCAUGUGGCUAUGUACAAAGUCUGCGGAGUCGAGGGCUGCCUCGAGAGCGCCUUUCUGGCCGGAAUAGACGCUGCCAUUGGAGACGGCGUGGACAUACUCUCAAUAUCGCUGAGUAGUCCAUUGGCCCCUUAUUACCGCGACAGCAUAGCGAUAGGCGCGUUCCGGGCGGUGGAGAAGGGAAUCUUCGUCAGCUGCUCCGCUGGGAACCUUGGACCUGCCUCAGGUUCCGUCAACAACGUUGCGCCGUGGAUCCUCACUGUCGGCGCUAGCACCAUUGAUAGAAGAUUGGCGGCAACAGUAGUGCUCGGAGACGGCCAGAAAUUGAGCGGGGAAGCGGUGUUCCAGCCGCAUAACUUCUCCUCAGCUGAUUUGGCAUUGGUUUUUCCUGGCGCCACAAAUACUAAUUCUUCCGAAUGCAAUCCGGGCACGUUGGAUAAAGCCGAGGUUGCUGGAAAGAUUGUCAUGUGUGAAAAGGACACACCUAUCGCCCCAGCUGCUGCCGAAACCGUGAAAAACGCCGGUGGCGUUGCCAUGAUUUUGAUGAACGAUGCAUACGCAGGCUACAGUAUAAACUUAGAAUCCAAUCAAACUCUUCCCAUGUCGCAGCUCACCUUCACAGACGCCGUCAAAAUCAAAACCUACCUAAAUAACACUUCCACUCCAACCGCCAAAAUCGUGUUCCAAGGAACUCAAAUAGGCGAUCCUCACGCCCCAUACGUAGCGUCAUUUUCGUCACGAGGCCCGAACAGACAAAGCCAUGGAAUCCUCAAACCAGACAUCAUCGGGCCGGGAAGCAACAUUCUCGCAGCUUGGAUCGGAGGUCAAUUCAACAUAGACUCGGGCACCUCCAUGUCGUGCCCUCAUCUCAGCGGCGUGGCAGCGCUGCUGAAGAGCGCGCACCCGAACUGGUCGCCAGCUGCAGUGAAGUCGGCCAUCAUGACCACCGCUGACCGUGUCAACCUCGGUGGCAAACCGAUUGAAGUUCAAAACCACCUUGCUGCUGACCCUUACUCAAUAGGUAGUGGCCAUGUGAAUCCUACCAAAGCCAGUAAUCCUGGUCUGGUUUACGACCUUCGACCAGAGAGCUAUAUUCCCUACUUGUGUGGCUUGAAUUACACCGAACGGGAAAUCUUCAUAACCAUUCAUCGGAGGGUGAAUUGCUCGAAUGUGAAGUCUAUUAAAGAUGCAGAACUGAACUAUCCAUCGUUUUCAAUCAAUCUUGGAUCGUCGGAUAAGUCGGUGACAUAUACAAGGACGGUUACAAAUGUUGGGGAAGCGAAUUCGUCAUACCAUGUUGAUAUCGUUGAGCCACGAAACGUGAGUGUGAGUGUAGAGCCAAGGCAACUGAUAUUCUCUAAAGUGGGACAGGAACUGAGUUAUAAUGUGAGCUUCACCCGCUUAUCUAUUCCAGCCGUGCAUACUGUUUCUCAAGGAUUGCUUAGCUGGAUUUCUGCCGAUUACUUGGUUGCAUCUCCGAUUGCUGUUACGUAUAUGGAAAAAUGCACUCUAUUCGAGAAAUGUCCACAGCCAAAUUCGAGGUGGAGAAAUUCACUGAUGAAGGCAAUCUUGAUGCAACAAGAGCUAUGGGAUAUUCUGAGUGGCAGUGGCAGUGAUGAAAAGAAGCCCGAGGCUGAUGAGAAUGAGAAGGGGAGGCUGCAAGAGAUGCAGUAUAAGGCCUACAACACCUUAAUCUUGAAUCUAACAGAUAGGGUGCUGAGGGAGGUCUCGAAGGAGGAAACAGCAGCAGGACAACUUGAAGAUUUUGGAAAGUGCAUUGAUGAUCUUGAGAACUUUGAUGAGGAGAUUAAUGAUGAGGAUACGGCACUGAUGUUGCUAAAUUCCCCACCUAAGAGCUAUGAGAACUUCAAAGAUGCAUUGCUUCUUGGAAGGGAAUCCAAGAUCAUCUAUGAGGAGGUCCAUUCAGCUCUGAAAUUGAAAGAUCCACAGAGAUCUACACCAAAGCAAGCUGAUCCAGUUGCUGAGAGCCUAUACCUCAAGAACAAUGAGAAGAAGGGGGCCAAGAAGAAGUUUCAGAAGAAGCAUGAGAAAGAGAAAGAGGGGGGCAAAGAAACUAAAAGCUGUCACUACUGUAAAAAAACCAGGCCAUUUGAAGAAAGCUUGUUUUGCUUGGAAAAGAAACAAGAGCAAGAAAAGGCCAAGUGUAGAGAUAACAGAUUUGGCUUUGGAAGUAGAGGCUCAAGAAGCCUUGAACAUACAUGUUGGAGUUACCAUUGCGGAGUCAUAGAUUAUGGACCUACCACAUUUGCUCUCAUAAGUCUUGGUUUCAGAAUUUGGGAAGCUCUCAGGGGUCAGUAA